GAGGGGAGGGAGAGCAGAGCAGCGGAGUUAUAUAGACUAUCGAUGUUAUGAGAUCACGCUGACGACGACAUCUGCCCGCGAUCUCAGCUCGGCGUAGGCGCGUCGCGACUUGCUUCGUGCCUCGACGCUCGACCGCUGAGAUGCUCGAACGUGCUUCGUGCUUCCUCCUUGCCGCACAUUCAUCAUGGAGGCACCUGCUGACGCUACGAACAACAACUCCCUGGGCCUCGACCUCGAUGCACUCAAAAUAAACGAUGAGCCGGAACAUCCUAGCUCGAGCGAGCCAGCCGAGGAGGAACAGGCGCCACCAUCUGCGGAACACGAAGAGGCUCUCAAAGUGGCCGAAGAAACCUAUGAGGCAGAGGCUCCGGAACAGCAGGCCCCCACGUCGCCCACGACUGAGGGCAAGAGAGGCGAGGGUAGGAAGAAGCCAUAUGUCAAUCCUGAUCGUGUCAAGACUGGUGGCGCUCAGCGAGAGAAAAUGAGUGAAGAUGAGCUGGCACAAAAGAUGGUCCGGAUAAAGGAACAGAAUGAGAAGAUCAAACAGAGGCGGAUGGAUGUCCAAAAAGAUGAGGAAGCCUUUCGCAAAACGCAGGAGGCCGAGCGUAUCAAGGCCACCAAGACGAAGAAGGUGCAGGAAAACAUUGAUCGCACCCGCGAGCAGAACGCUCGCAGAAAGUUGGAGAAGAUACAAAGCAGAGAAUGGGAUUCCGGCAAGCAAGGCCGUGAAUGGAACAAGACCCGGAGUCCCGACCAAGAAAUGAACGGUGCACCCCGUGCAUCCAUUGGCAUCCGCGGUGGAUUCCGCGGAGGCUCUGGCCGUGGUCGUGGGCAUGGGCACGGUGGAGUUCCCCCUGCAUUCCAGGCAGAGGCUGCCGAGCAGGCGACUACACCGCCCGCUGCAGAGACUACUGCCGCCUCAUGAUUCUUGGCGAACGAUGCUAUUGCUAUAAACUGAAUUCCCUAUGGCAUCCUGCAGAACGUAUACCAAGUUGCUCCUGCCGAUGCUAUCAUACCGCAACCUCUCGUGUUUAUGGACUUGAUGCGAGGGAUUUUCAUUUGCUGUCUGUCCUCCGCGUUCGUGUACAGCGCUUCUCUGCUAUUGUAAAAGUAUUCGCUCUGAACAGAAUCUAUGCGUGCCGGUUAAAAU